AGAGUGACCGACGUUUCUGCCAGAGAGUCGACAGCGCAAAAGUUUGCACCAUUCUGCCCAUACCGUUUACCCCGUCUCUCUUCUCUCCACCCCUCCCCUAUACCCCUCUGCUCUCGCCCCUAACCCCCCCUCCGCCCAACCACAGCCCAGUCUCCAAAAUGGACUUGCACCGGGCAGCUUUUAAAAUGGAGAGCUCCUCCUACCUGCCCAACCCGUUAGCAUCCCCGGCGCUAAUGGUGCUAGCAUCAACGGCGGAGGCCAGCCGUGAUGCCUCCAUUUCCUGCCAGCAGCCUCGCCCGUUCGGCGUGCCAGUUUCUGUGGAGAAGGAUGUUCACCUUCCCUUCAACAAUGGUUCCUACACGUUCGCCUCCAUGUACCACCGGCAGGGCGCCGUACCACCAGGCUUCCCCAAUAGGGACUUCCCUCCUUCCCUCCUACACCUUCAUCAUCAGUUUGCCCCUCCAAAUUUGGACUGCUCACCCAUAAGCAUGCUCAACCACAGUGGCAUUGGGGCCUUCCGGCCAUUCGCUUCUCCUCUGGAGGACCGUGAUGGAGCGGGAGGUGGAUACCAGUCCGCCUUUACCCCAGCCAAGCGGCUAAAGGGCUGCCUGGAGGCCGAGGCCUCCCCGCACCUGCGCUACUCGGACGCAGAAGGGAAAGAGUAUGACUUUGGUGGUGCUCAGAUCCCCUCCAGCUCGCCUAGUGCUCUCAAAGCCGUGGAAGAUGUGGGGAAGAAGAUCUUCGCAGUGUCAGGCCUGCUGUCGGACCGAGAAACCUCAUCCAGUCCGGAGGAUCGCAUUGAGCGCUGUAAGAAGAAGGUGUCACUCUAUGACAGUCAGGCUCCCAUCUGCCCCAUCUGUCAGGUGCUGCUGCGUCCAGGGGAACUUCAGGAGCACAUGGAACAGGAGAUGGAGAGGCUCACCCACAUGCACAUCAGCAAGAACCCAUCACACAAAGACAUCAGUGCAGCUCCAGGCACACCGAAGUCUCUCCUGUUGUCAGUGCACAUCAAACGUGAGGGCGAGUCUCCAGUUGUGUCCCCACUCUCCUCUGAUGAAGCUCACCAUUCUGACAGAUACCAGACAUUUUUACGAGUUCGAGCUAACAGGCAAACACGAUUGAAUGCCCGGAUUGGGAAGAUGAAGCGCCGGAAGCCUGAGGAUGGACAGAGGGAAGGUGGAACAGAAGAGGAUUCCGCCGAUGUCGAAGGAGAGAACGGAACGCGGUUUGAGGAGUACGAGUGGUGCGGACAGAAGAGGGUACGAGCUACUACAUUACUGGAAGGUGGUUUCAGAGGAACAGGCUUUGCCAUGUGUAGCACGAAGGAGAGCCAUGACAGUGAUGCAGACCUGGAUGUGGAUGGAGAUGACACACUGGAGUACGGCAAAGCCCAGUACACUGAAGCAGACAUCAUUCCUUGUUCUGGAGAGGACCAGGGAGAGGCCAAAGAACGUGAGGCACUGCGUGGGGCCGUUUUGAAUGGUGGUGUACCGUCCAAUAGAAUAACACCAGAGUUCUCAAAAUGGGCCAGUGAUGAAAUGCCAUCCACCAGUAAUGGCGAGAGCAGCAAACAGGAGCCGAGCUCUUCAUUUUCGUCCUCCACACCGAGGACCUGUAAAAACAGUGAGAUCGAGAAGAUAACAGAGGACUCCACAGCGACCACACUGGAGGCACUAAAGGCCCGCAUACGAGAACUGGAAAAGCAGAUCCUCAGAGGAGACCGAUACAAGUGUCUCAUAUGCAUGGACUCAUAUACAAUGCCACUCACCUCCAUCCAGUGUUGGCACGUGCACUGUGAAGAAUGCUGGCUAAGGACUCUGGGAAACAAGAAACUCUGCCCACAAUGCAACACCAUCACGUCGCCAGGGGACCUCAGGCGUGUCUAUUUGUGAGCAGAACAGCCCGGAUUUUUUUGUUGUUUUUGUUUGACUUUUCGUUUCCAUUUUUGCUAGUGUUUUUGGUUUCCCCACUGCCUGAGGGAUUGAAGUGUCGUCCUGACCAUGAGAGGCUCGAGUACAGACUCACACUGACUUUAAAUGGGGACUGACUUCACAAGCAUUGGACUAAUGGGGACUGUGUAGACUCAGUCCUCUACUAUAAUGGCUUAUGUGAAGAGUCUUCCCGCCUCCCUCUUGUGUUGGUCCAUGGUCCACCCUCUCCAAAGUCAGCUUGGUUCCUUAAUGAGGAACCUGUUCUUCUCAGAUGAAGGAAAGAGUACUCAUUCUGUCCCUCCACUCGCACUGCUGCUGCUCUUCGUCUCCCACUGUCGCAACUUCUUCACCAAGACCACUGACGUCAACCCGACUGGAACAUCAGCCUGAUGAUAAGAAGAGACUUUAAAUGGACCACCCGAGGCUCUCCAGAUCCCCUCGAUCUUGAUUCUUCAUUGUGUUCUCAUUUGCCCCAAAUCAUUACUACUUUUGUGGUGUUCUAGUGAUGUCAACCAAAUUCAAUGAAUCAGUGCAAGCACAUGUAUAAUAGUCUCUGUAUGUUUACGGUGUUGUGAGUAAAUGACAUAGAGAACAAAACACUUCUAUACACACGCGCACACAUGGACAUACACAUGCACAUACAGAAGUAUAUAUUGAAUAAAAGUCCCGAUUUAGUUGGGUGUGGUUUGGGUCGGGAGGGAGGGGAUAUGUUUCAAUCUUGGUGAAUUAAAAAAAAAAAAAAACAGAAAAGAAAACCCUCUGUAUUUUCAAAGCAGAUGUUGUCUUGAAGUUGAAGUUGUAUUUCAUUGUACAGGAAGAAAUUUAAGUAAUAAUAAUAAUAAACUACUCGAACUAGGACUGAAAAGAUUUAGGUGUACAUUUUUCAUUGAAAUAUGCAGUAAAAACUAGAUUAAAUCCUGAAACAAGGGAAAGUAUCUUUCUUUUUCUUUGCUUUUUUUUCUAAGAAAUGGAAAGUUUUGCUUUUAUUCACCCACGUUUUUGACUUGAAUGCUGUCUGUCUGUUACAAACAAUUGAAAUUAUUGCUUAUUCAUUCCAUUGAACAUACAGUAUUAAGACCCCUGAUCAGUUGCAUAUCGGUUUCUUCCUUCAGAAAAGGGACUUUUCUGAAAACGUCAAACACUUAGGGUGGUUUCAUUUAUAAGUUAUGUUCCGAUUUCCUCUGAGACUUUUUUGGUUUUUCCUCGAAGAAUGAACUGGAAGAGUCGAGACUCGUUUCCCUGACUGGAUGACUGCUCAUGUUUUUCCCUAGGAUUGAGACAGUGUGCUUUAUAUUUGUACAUCUAUGUAUUCUGUGAUUUCUGUAUUGAUGUAGGCGCAAAAAAAGGAAGAAAUGAAAGGUGUUUGCUGAUCCCAACGCCACAAUAAACAGUCAAAUGUUGCAUUUGUUAUAA